CACCAACAACGCACAUGUGGCCUAGGCGCGCCGUUGCGGUGCUAUUAGCAACAACAGGGUAAUGUGGAGCUGUCUUUCCAUUUGAAUCACCGAAUAAGAAGAACUUUUAAUCAGCUAUACGUAUAAUAUACAUAGCUGUAUCUGAGCCAACAUGCCUCCGAAGAAAGUCGCCCCACCUGCGGCAAAUAAAAAGACUCAAGAGAAGAAAAAGGAAAAGAUUAUUGAGGACAAGACUUUUGGCUUGAAAAACAAAAAAGGGGCCAAGCAGCAGAAGUUCAUCAAGAACGUCACUCAUCAAGUCAAACAACAAGGCACCAAACCGGGUGAAACAGACAAGACCGGUAAGAAGAUUGAUAAGAAGAAGGAGUUGGAUGAACUCAACGAGCUGUUUAAACCUGUAGUAGCUGCCCAGAAAGUCGCCAAAGGUGUUGACCCAAAGUCGGUGCUGUGUGCAUUCUUUAAGCAAGGCCAGUGUACUAAAGGUGACAAGUGCAAGUUCAGCCAUGAUUUGUCAAUGGAGAGGAAAUGUGAGAAGAGAAGUCUUUAUGUGGACGAAAGAGAUGAAGAGCUGGAGAAAGACACUAUGGAUAACUGGGACGAGAAGAAGCUGGAGGAGGUGGUCAACAAAAAACACGGAGGAGAGAACGAGAAGAAGAAAGCCAAAACACAAAUUGUGUGCAAGCACUUCCUGGACGCCAUAGAGAAUAAUAAGUACGGCUGGUUUUGGGUGUGUCCAGGAGGUGCCGAUGUCUGUAUGUACCGGCACGCCCUGCCGCCUGGCUUUGUACUGAAGAAAGACAAGAAGAAGGAAGAGAAGGAGGAGGAAAUUUCGCUGGAGGAGCUGAUAGAGAACGAGCGUGCCGCUCUAGGACCUGAUGUGACCCGAAUCACCCUGGAGACUUUCCUGGCAUGGAAGAAGAGGAAAAGGCAGGAGAAGAUAGAUAAAGCGCGUGAGGAGAUGGAGAAGAAGAAGGCGGACUAUAAGGCUGGAAGAUCGUUAGUGGUGAGCGGCCGUGAGGUGUUCGAAUUCCGCCCAGAGUUGGUUGAUGAGGACGAUGCUGAAGCCACCGACACGCAAUACGUCAGCAGUGAGGAAGAAGAUAAUGAGGAGGAGAUCAAUACCGCUGAGGUCCAGGACAUAGACUUGUCCCGUUUUGUUCCGCAAGAGGUCGACAACACCGGCAUCACCGUAGCAGCCACAGACCGUUUCAAAUCUAGGAGCAAGACUAAGCCAAAGGAAUCAGAUAAAGAGGAGCAGCUGAAUGGAGCUUGCGGUGGCGCCGAGGCCAAUGGGCUGUCUGGAGCAGAAGGAGGCGGGGAGGACGGAGAAGGGGAGGAUGCAUAUGAGGAGGAGGAAGAUGAGGAGGAGGUGGUGGAGGUACCGGUGGAUGAGAACCUGUUCACAGGAGAAGAUCGAGAGCUGGAUGAGGAGCUCAACACACUGGCGCUGGAGGACUGAGAGCGAGCGUGCGGAGUGAGGAACGGCGGACGUAAGAUGGACUUAGUGACAAAGGAGGGACUGAUGGAUGCAUGGAGUUUAACAACCAGGUGUUUGAUUGAUUUUAAUUUCAGAGACUCCAGUAAUAAAGCCUGACAAUAUCAUCACAUCACUGCCCAUUCUGUUUUCUGUAUCAUCCUUCACGUCAUCUGCUGUCUUUCCAUUGGGUGUUCAAAUUUCUACAAAAGGGCCAAUCAAAGUUCACCAGGGCCAACUCCACAUGAAUGUUGCUUCUCAGUUUUUUUCUUGAAAGAGAAUUUGGCUGCUGUUGUGCACUUUUUGUCGCUUAAAAUAAUGGAGACUGUCGAAACUGAAAUUGUAUUUGAGAAAUUGGGCUUCUAUACUAAUUCACAAGUAAAAUAUUGACCAUGGUGAUUUUUAGAGUGAGACAUUGUUAGGGCUUACAGAUUAAAGCACUAAACAAGUUAGAUGGGACUGUGAGAAGACUUGAUCAGCAUUAUUGAUGGAUGUUUGAAGGAGCUGUUGUAAGCUUAAGUGAAACAAUGUGUCAAAUGAACAGGAAUGAUUCUGUUGUAGGAAACUGAAUCUGUUCAGAGUCUCACCUGCACUCAUACCAAAAUAAAAAAAAAGCUGUACAUGAUUGUUUUAUCACAAUAAAUCCAUUUAAUUUAGCUCAAGUUAAAGCCCUGUUCAUGAAUAUUUUGUGUUGGCCCUGGAUCCAAAAUCAGAUUUAUACUAUAAUUUCACCCCAGCAGGGAAACCAAAUGGUUCCAUUGCCAGCCCAGUACUGUAAAUAAAGUUCUCAUGAGAUGCCUCCUGAAGAAAUAAAA